GUUAGCCCCUGUCCUUCUGUGGUUUAACAGCACCUUGAACUACAUGCUUGCAAACAUGCUGCUUACCAGUACCCUUCUCAGUGCUGUUGGUGUCAUUCAGCUUGAUAGAGGCAUCUUCCUCUCCAGCCUCCUUGUCAAUAUAGGAACAUUCCUUGUGAAUAGCAUAUAUGAUGUAGCAAUGUACAAUAUCAGGUGCUAUGACAGAGAGGACACUGGUGACACUGUGCUGCAGAACCUGGAAGAUGAGCCUCAGUAUGAUGACAUUUGCACAAUCAGUGAUGGGUUCCAACAAGUUGUGCAUGGAAGUGUGGAGACCAUGAUGAAACAGGUGGCUUAUGACUUUGAGAAGGACUAUGAUUUGGCACGUGCAACUGUUGAACACCAGGCUAUGGCGCAGAUUGAAGAAAUGGUUGCCAAGGAAAAUUUGGUUGUCAAGGAAGAUCUGGUUGCCAUGGGAGAUGUGGACAACAAGAAAGGGAAAACACCCAGCUACACAUAUGCUCCUCCUCCUAACAACCCUAGGCUAAACUCAAAUAUGCAAAAGGAGAUGCAGGCAGAAAUCCCAAAAUCCCAUGCUGGGAAGAUUUCCAGCUACAGAAAUGCAGAUGUUUCAUCUUUUUACAGUCUCAUUGCUCACUUCAACCCAAGUUUUCUCAUCCCAGACAACAGCAAGAGGAAAGACAAUGCACAUGAUGUAGCAGUUAAUAUUUGGGAAGAACUAUCAGAUGAGGUGCCAUACACUGAGCUGAAGUCACUGGAGAUGAUGGUCAACAGAAAGCAGGACGGAAAGUUGCCCCACUUUUUGAUCUAUCCAGCAUUCAUUUUGCUGGUUGUCUCCAUGGCUAUGGCAGUAUAUCUCAGCAUUGUGUAUGGCGGAGAGCUGAGUGAUAGCGCUGUGUACAACUGGGCUGCUCUGGUAGGAAUGGCACUGGUGGAGGACUUAUUUGUGUUCCAGACACUGAAGGCAGUUUGUGUGUAUGGUUACUGCCUACUUUUCUCAGCUAAUGAGGCUGGAGAGGAUGCUCACAGGCAGGAGAAGACACAGCUUGUUAAGUUUUAA